GCAGUGCCAUGGAGGUCCCAGCCCCUGCUGAGGUUCUCGGAGGUCCGGAGCCCCUGAUGCAGUGCACAGCCUGGCUGAAUGCCUAUUUCCACCAGCCCGAGGCUGUCGAAGAGCUCCCCGUGCCGGCUCUUCACCAUCCCAUUUUCCAGCAAGAGUCGUUCACCAGACAGGUGUUAUGGAAGCUGCUGAAGGUUGUGAAAUUCGGAGAAGUGAUUUCUUACCAGCAAUUAGCAGCCCUGGCAGGCAACCCCAAAGCUGCGCGAGCUGUGGGAGGAGCAAUGAGAAACAAUCCUGUCCCCAUCCUCAUCCCGUGUCACAGAGUGAUCUGCAGCAGCGGAGCCAUGGGCAACUACUCCGGAGGACUGGCCGUGAAGGAAUGGCUUCUGGUCCACGAAGGCCACCGGGCGGGGAAGCCAGGCUUGGGAGGGAGCUCAGGACUGGCAGAGGCCUGGCUCAAGAGAGCGGGGGCUACCUCGGGCUCCCUGCCUGCUGGCCGAAACUGAGUGUGUGCAGUAGGAUGAAUGUUUGAGCGACACACACGUGUAACACUGCAUCAGACGUGGGUCGUGGAGGCACCACGUAUUAAAGGAGGUGACAGUGUCCUGGGAA